AUGGGAAAUCAUUCCUCUCCUGACGGAAGUUCCAGGCAGAGACAGCAAAAAUGUCACAUUUCUGCCAAAAGAUUUGCUACUUUGGUCGAGAGCGAUCCAAAGCCUGAAGAGGGCAAGGCUACUUCAAGCCCUCUGAACAUACGCCAGUCACUUGUUGGCCAAUUGAAAUGGCCUGGGGUGAGAGAAAGAGUUCAGCGUUCCGUCCGGUUCCUCUACGGUGCACAGUUUGGCACAACAAACACUCUCAAUUUCAUCAUUUUGCUGUCCCGUUAA